ACUUAAAUGCACUGCAGCAUCCAGCAGGUUCUGUCUCUCUGCAUCCUGUUCUCUUGCGCCUGCUCGCCUCUGUCUCUCUCUCUCCCUCUCUUUCUUUUUCAUUCCACUGCUCUCCGUCCACAGUGUCCGUGCAUCCGUCUGUCCCGGCACAGAAUCUCUCCAUAUUCCUCUCUCCUGUCAUCUCAAACUUCCAGCAUAUAGACAGACGUCUUCAGCCCCUGCAAAUUCUGCCAGGCCCAGUCCGUCUGCAGAGCACAAUCGCCCAACUCAGCGUCCAGGAUGGAUGUUCUAAUGAAGGGAUUCUCUAUGGCCAAGGAAGGAGUGGUGGCCGCCGCUGAGAAAACUAAAGCUGGAGUCGAAGAGGCAGCUCUCAGGACCAAAGAAGGAGUCAUGUAUGUGGGCAACAAGACAAAGGAGGGAGUGGUGUCAGGCGUAAACACAGUUGCCCAGAGGACCACCGACCAGGCGAAUAUUGUCGGUGAAACAGCAGUAGGCAGCGCUAAUGAAGUUGGACAGAAGACAGUAGAGGGACUGGAGAACGUGGGUGCAUCAACCGGCCUGGUCAACCCGGAUGAGGCUUUAUAUGAGGGCGACUUCUCUCAUGGGGGCAUGGAAGGAGGUGACGGUGGAGAGGGUUAUUAAUCCCGAAGCCCGAAGCUGAAACGGUCCCCUCUCUUCCCUCUGACUCUCCACCUCUGAGUUUCUGCUCCAAAGCCUCGCCCCUUCCAGACUCCAGAUGUUACUGAUAUUUUUUUGUGACUGUAUGGAAAACCAGAGACUUUCCCUGAGCCCUGUAGCCGUUAGAUGUGUGACGCUUCCCCGCCUCCCCAUCUGUGGUGUCGUCAUGCUGUUCUCUAGUGUUAUUGUCAUUCCUCUACCUGUCCGCACCUCAUCUAAAACACAUACACUCAUACAGUACAUACACAAAAAAUGGACAGGAACCGUGAAGCCCAGAGGCUGAUAUCAGAGGUCGAGGUGGUCUUUUAGGAGCAUGGCUGGAAAAAAAAAAGGAAAAAAAGAUACCCGCAUGACCAGAAAUGUAAGAAAAGCAAUACAUCUCAUUUCAUCAGGGCAUGUAGCAAUGUGCGUCUGGAUCUUUGUGAGAUCGUAGCCAUGUUUCAAUUUAUUUAGUCUUGAAAAUGCUGCAAUGUACGCAAUGACAAGUUGUGUGUACAUUAAGAGAUACAUUACAUUCCUUUAGUUCUGUAUGUGUGCAGAAUAGAGUUUCGUGUGCUUGACCAAUAGACUUAUCGUGUGAUUUGUUAGAGUAAGAACAAAUAUGUUUAUUCACAAAAUGUGAACACAUACUGUAUACAUAGAUACUGUAAAACAAAAAACGAUUAUCCGUAUUGAUGUAGCUGUGCUAGACUUGCAUUUCGUCAUUAGCUUGUACACCUGAGAUUUGGUUCCGGUUGGGCUGAAUGAGGUUCUGCUAGGACAAGGAGCUUUUCGAUGUUACAGAAAGAGAUCAAAUCUUCCAGCACAUCCUGUUUUGUCCCGAUUUUGUUGCAAUGCAUGUGAAGUCGGUGUGCGAUCAUGAAUUUGUGAUGCCCGCAAUGUUAAAGCAAUACUACAGCACCAUUGCAAGGUUUGUCAUUGGUCUGUUCUGUAGCACUGUGCUGUGCUGACUCUAGGCACUGUGUUUUACAAAGGGAAUGCUAAGAAGUGUAAAACUGUCUUCAUCUUCAUUCAGCCUAGCCGUUAUGGCCACCCAAACCCCGCCCCUGUCCUGUCACUCAGCGGUGUGUUCAGAUCCACCCCAGGCUUGUGUCUGCUGUAGGUAACUAGGACAAAGCUAUCAAACAUCGCAGUUUGUUCUUUCUUUGAAGCCACAAAAAACUGAAGACUGCAUGUUGCCUUAUCAGCACUCCUAUAUUCACUUACACACACACACACACUCACACACACAAAGCUGAUCAAAACACAAAAACACACUCUUCUCAAGCUUUCUUUCUUUGAGCCUUUCUCUUUUUGCUCUCUCCUGAAACACACACACACACACACACACACAAAUGUCCCACAUACCUUUUACGUUGGCAUCAAAGCAGGCAAGCUGAUUUUAUAAACUGUAUAAGUGAAAUAAAGAGUUUUGUUGAAAUCUAUAA